GUCCGACAAAAACUACAGGGGAUUUGACAAAACUCGCUAUCUGACAUAAAAUUCUUUGUAUCCGUUGAGAUAUGAUUAGCACAACGCCAUGAGAUGAGAUAUUAAAAUAGCGAUUGGAGAAAUAAAUAUAUCGUACUGUGUCGAUUUACCUUCAGUACCACGACAUACGAUGAAGGCGAUUCUCCUAUUGGCAGGAGUGACCCUGGCACUAUGUGCCGUCCCUCCGGUGGACCAGCGCCGGCCUCACGUGCACAUGAAUGAUGAUGGCAGCUACUUCCUGACCAAUGAUGGACCUUCUGGGCCCCACUAUGUCGGUCACAUCGGUCGUGGUGCUGUGCAAGGCAAAGACAAUGGCGUGAAGUUUGACUUGCAAGCUUCUGGAGAGACCUGGAGGGGCGGCCUUAAGAUCAGCAUCACCUGGACAGGCCCAGCUGAUGUUGUGUUCCAGGACUGUAUCGAUUUUGGCAACAGCCAAUGGUUCGCUGGUCCCGAACAAAAGCAGCAGUACUGGCCCAUCCAGAAUUCGUUCCUCAAGAAAUACUCCGCAGUUUCUAAAGAGGAAGACAACGCGGCCGUGGGCGAGCGCUACUGGCUCAACUCUGACGGCAUGUACAUCUACGUCGCCCCUGAAGUCCCACUUUUCAUCGACUACCACAACGAGCUGGAGAACCAUCUCUGUCUGAUCGCCGAAGUUGCUGACCCCUACUCCACUAGGAGAACCGAAAAUGUCCUCAAAUACGACCUCUGGUUCUUCGAAAACCCUAAGAUUGCUCACCAACACGCUGUUGACAAUUACCUCGGCAAACCCUCUGGUAUACCUGACUACAGGAUGAUCCAGUACCCCAUCUGGUCUACUUGGGCUCGUUACUCCAGAGAAAUCGAUCAGGAAAAUCUCUGGGCCUUCGCUAACGAGAUCAAGGACAGUGGAUUCCCUAACGCUCAGUUUGAGAUCGACGACCUUUGGGAAGUGUGCUAUGGUUCCCUGUUCGUAGACGUCAGGAAACUUCCUGACCUCAAGCAGUUGGUGCAGGACAUCAAGGGUCUUGGCUUCAGGGUCGCUAUUUGGGUGCACCCCUUCAUCAACAAGGAUUGUGAGCCAUGGUACUCUGAGGCUCUAGGAAAGGGCUACCUAGUCCUAAAUGAGGAGGGCAGUCCGGACACGACCUGGUGGAACAACAACGGCUCCAUCCCUGGCUACAUCGACUUCACCAACCCCGAAGCCGCUGACUGGUUCUCCGAUAGAGUCCGCAACGUGAUUGAGACCUACGACAUCGAUACUGUCAAGUUUGACGCUGGAGAGUCCAGCUGGUCUCCUCAGAUCCCAGUACAGAACGGUCUGGACAUCAACCUGCAUCCUGGCCACAUCGUGCAGGCCUACGUGCGCACAGUCGCCAAGUUCGGACCCGCCAUUGAAGUCAGAUCUGGAAUGAGGACCCAAGACCUACCAGUCUUCAUCCGUAUGGUAGACAAGGACACCCUAUGGGACUACAACAACGGUCUGGAGACUUUGAUCACCACUCUCCUCUCCAUGAACCUGAACGGCUACACCCUGGUGUUGCCUGAUAUGAUCGGAGGCAACGGCUACAAUGAGAAGCCCAGCAAGGAACUGUUCAUCAGGUGGCUGCAGGCUAACGUGUUCAUGCCAACUCUUCAGUACUCUUUCGUACCUUGGGAUCAUGAUGACGAGGCUGUAGAAAUCUCCCGCCGCUACACUGACCUCCACGCGGAGUUCGCCGACGUGAUCGUCGCUGCCAUGGAGAAGUCAGUCAGUGACGGCACUCCCGUCAACCCUCCCAUCUGGUGGCUUGACCCUCAUGAUGAAGAAGCCUUCCCCAUUGCUGACGAAUUCUUGCUUGGUGAGCAGAUCUUAGCAGCUCCGGUGGUGAAGCAAGGAGCGGUGUCCCGUGACAUCUACCUGCCUCGUGGUACCUGGCGCGAUGGCAACACUGGCGAUGUCAUCCACGGCCCAAUCUGGCUGAGGGACUACCCAGCUCCAUUGGAUACCCUCCCAUACUUCAUCUUACUCAACAACUAAUAGAAGAACAAACUCGAAUGUUUUAUUAUUAUUAAAUUUAAUUGUGUUAAAUUAUUUUGUGUAAAUUUUAAUAAUAUUUAUUUUAAUGAGUACCUAUUUUUUGUUUUAUUCGU